CGCGGUCAGAUACAAGUGUUUUAAUUAUUAAGUGGCGUCGUACUUAACAUCGAACAAACAGGAAGCAUGAAAAUUGAUUUUAGCUUGGAGAAGUUGAUUUUCUUUUUGAGCCUUUGGAGUGUGGGAUGUGCCUCUUUGAACCCCAUUAUUUUAAUACCAGGUGACGGUGGGAAUCAAUUGGAGGCGAAGUUAAACCGCACAAAUGCCGUGCACUACAUUUGCGAAAAAGUCAGCGAUUAUUUUAACAUUUGGCUCAAUUUGGAGCUUCUCGUUCCACUGGUAAUUGAUUGUUGGAUUGAUAAUAUAAAACUCGAGUAUAAUAAUGUAACAAGAACCACGAAAAGCCCGGAUGGGGUGGAAAUUAGAGUGCCUGGGUUUGGAGGCACGGAAACUGUGGAAUGGUUGGAUCCUAGUCAUGCUUCAAGCGGAGCAUAUUUUAAAGAUAUUGUGAAUGUUUUGGUUAAUAAUGGUCAUGUAAGAAAUAAGACAAUUAAAGGGGCUCCUUAUGAUUUCAGAAGAGCACCUAAUGAAAAUCAGGAUUACUUUGUAAAACUGAAAAAACUGAUAGAAGAAACCUACGAAGAAAACGGCAAGGCACAAGUCAUUCUAUUGGCCCAUUCGAUGGGCAGCCUUAUGUCAUUGUAUUUUUUAAAUCAGCAAAGCCAAUAUUGGAAGGACACCUAUAUUAAAAACAUGGUAACACUUGCCGGAGUUUGGGGGGGAAGCAUGAAAGCUGUAAAAGUAUAUGCAAUAGGUGACGAUUUGGGAUCUUAUGCGUUAAGAGAGAGCGUUUUAAGAGCAGAACAAAUAUCAUCGCCCAGUUUAGCCUGGUUAUUGCCUUCCAAGCUGUACUGGAAACCUGACGAAGUUCUAGUGGAAACUGAGAAGAAGAACUUCACCGUCAACGAUCUCAAGGAGUUUUUCUACGACAUUUCAUUUCCUGAUGGAUGGGAAAUGAGGAAGGAUACUGAACCGUUUCAGUUGAACUUCAAGCCACCUGGCGUUGAAGUUCACUGUCUUUUUGGUGUUAAUGUUAAUACUGUUGAAAGAUUGAAAUAUAAGCCGCGCACAUGGUUGGACGGUUACCCGACCCUGGUCUAUGGAGACGGCGAUGGUACGGUUAACCGACGUUCUCUCGAGGGUUGCCUACACUGGAGGGGCUACCAGAAACAAAAAAUACACGCGACACCUUUCGACAAAGUCGAUCAUUUGCAGAUUUUAAGGGAUGCAAAUGUUUUGAAUUAUAUAGCAGCCUUAAUCAAUGACAUUUAAAACGUACAAAUUUAUUUAUUUUUGAACGUGUUUCAUCUGAAUUUAGGCAACAGGUUUCGGUUAGAGCUCAGCACGAAAAUACUCACUUUAUGGCUUAAUGACAUAAAUAACUAUUUUGCAGAAUCUUCGAGUUAUGAUAUAAAACUAACAAAAUUGAUUUUUACGGGAUUUACCAAAACUGCGGAGGAAAUUCGUCGCUGCUGAAUGACAUUGCGUCGUAAAAUGCAUUUUUUAUCUAAAUAAUCUCCAAAAAUGUUUUUUUUGGUCAAUCAAUUUUUCCGGAAAAUUU